AUGGCCGACUCUGGAAGAUAUUUCAACGCUCGCAACACAACCAUCGCCGCAAUUGCCAUCACGCUUCUUGGCGGCUACUACGUCUCCCAGUCUCCUAGCUCCUCCGCCAUGUCACAAACAUCCAGCGAGGUUCCUGGCCUCUCUUUGUCGUUGGCCCAGGUGUCCAAAGACCCGGCAACAGUACGCGUCACGCUCAAGAAUAAUCAUCCAGAUACACCUUACUCUCUCCUCAAAUGGGGCACGCCGCUCGACGCCGCAGCGCUAAACACGGGCGUCUUCAAGAUCAACAAUGCCGACUCCGGUGCGGAGGUCGAGCAAGUCAUCGUACAGAUUAGGCGAAAGAUGCCUCCUGGCCAGAAUCAGCUGGCGAGUGUUGAGCCAGGCGCGGAAGAGAGCGUUGAGGUGGUCUUUGACAGGCCGUGGAUGCCUGAAGCAAAACCUGCGAAAUACAAGGUCAAAGCUGAAGGAACGUUAUGGGGCGUUUGGGAUAAGGUCAAAAGCGAGGUAACGGAUGAUGAUACCAACGAAUAUACAGAUAGUCCUCUUGCGGGUAGAACAUACGCGACGAACGAGAUCGAGCUUGUUGUGGAAUAG